AUGCCAGCGUCGAGCCGGCAAGACCGCCCGCACCACGGCUCUUGGGCUAUCACCAACACGGGCAACAUCUUCUACCGCACCGACAACAGACAAAGCCGGCACGGCACCGCCGCCUUGUCCUCGUCGCCGCCUGCGCGUUUCCCGGCGCCAUUGAUCGGCCCUCGUCGCUCGCGGCCGCACGCAAUCCACAUCAUCACCUACCCGCCGGGCUACGUGCCGCGAGAACUGCGCCCCCGUCCCAAGAAGAGCAAGACGCAGUCGCUCAAUCACAGAGCCGCCAAGCUGCGUCGAAGCAUCAUCGCCGCGGCCACUGCCACCGCCGCCACCGCUGCGAGCCCGACUGCCAGCACAGGCGCUGCCGCUAACAGUAGCAGCAACGCUAGCGCCCCGACGGCCGCUGCAACUGCCGCCAGAGACCAGUCGUCGUCUCACGUCGCCUCUGCGCUGCGACGCCCCAGCCUGGGCAAGCUGCUCUCGAGCUUUUCAUUAAAGCGCACCACCACCGGCCUCUCGGCCACCGCCGCCGUCACUCCUCCGCUCUGCACGCCGCUCGAGACGCCCAGGAGUCAGUCGGUCGCCGCACCCACGACCGCGACUGCUACUGCGGCUACGCCUGCAGCAGGGAUCGCGCCCCCAGCUUAUGACGUCCGUCCAGAUCCGGCGACAGGCGCCAGCAACCAAUCGCACCACCCCCAAACCCAAAUAAUCCCCCGAAGCCACCACCAGCCCCAUCAGCCCAGUGUCGACUCCACCUCGUCCGCCUCGACCGCCGCCUCCCGCGCGACCACGACAUCCAACCCCGCCGACGCGACCAUGGCUGCCGCAACGGCCAGAGGGGGUCCCGUCCGCCCUUCGCCCUACCAGCUCGCCAGCAACCGCAACAGCAUCAUGUCGGUACGCUCGGCCAAGUCGGCCGUCUCGUCGCUCGUCACCGAGGUCCCCAAGCCCGUCGCCUCGGGCAGCGGCGUCUCGUGUUCCAUCCUUCUCGCCGAGCCCAACAUCUUCCUCUCCGGCUUCGACCACCACGACAGCCACGCCCAGCGGGAGCUGCAGACCGGCACCGCCCUGCUCCGCGGCAAGCUGCAAAUCAACGUCACCAAGAAUGUCAAGAUCAAGGCCGUCCAGCUCAAGCUCAUCGGUCGCGCCCGCACCGAGUGGCCUGAGGGCAUCCCCCCGCUCAAGCAGGAAAUAUUCGAGGAGGAGAGUCUGCGGACCCAGGUCCUCACCUUCUUCAACGCCAUGAAUGGCGGUUGGGAGACCGAGUACGGCAAUCAAUGCGCCUACCAGCUCAAGUCGGGGUCCGCCAAUUCGAGCACCGUCAACCUCGCCGCCCCUCCGAGACCCGUUAGCCUCUUGCCGUCUUCUUCGUCGCAACGGAGCGGACUCACGGCCAAGGAGCUCAAGAGGCUGUCUCUCCAGAGCGUCCAGUCGCGCAGCUUCGGCAAGGGCGACAACGGCGUCGCCUCUCCGACCCAAGCCAAGGGCUUCAAGGUUUUUUACCCCGGGACAUACGACUACUCCUUCGAGCUGCCCAUCGACCACCACCAAUUGGAGACGACGAAGCUACAGUACGGCUCUGUGAGGUGGGAGCUUCACGCCACGGUCGACCGCGCCGGCGCUUUCAAGCCCAAUCUCCAUGGGAUGAAGGAGGUGUCGAUUGUCCGAUUGCCCGACUCCAUGUCCCUGGAGACGACAGAACCGAUUUCCAUCAGCAGGCAAUGGGAGGACCAGCUGCACUACGACAUCAUCAUCUCGGGCAAGAGCUUCCCGAUUGGGUCCAAGAUACCCAUCGCGUUCAAGCUCACGCCGCUAGCCAAGGUGCAGGUUCACAAGAUCAAAGUCUUUGUGACCGAAUCCAUCGAGUACUGGACCAACGACAGACGCGUCACAAGGAAAGACCCGGGACGCAAAAUUCUGCUGCUGGAAAAGGUGGCCGGCAAGCCCUUGGAUUCCUCGUGGGCUUCAUCGGACGUGACCACAAUCCGUGGCGGCGAACUCAGAGCGUCUGAGCGUCGCGAGGCCCGCGACAUGGCCCACCGCAGGCGCUUGUCUGAGGCGGCUCGGACGCACAGGCACCCGCAGCCACUGCCCGAGCCGACGGCGAACCUCCUCGGCGACCUCGACCUGGGCCUCGAGAGCAUGUGGGGUUCGACAGAGAUUGAAGCCAACGUGCAGAUUCCGACGUGCGAAAUGAUGGCCAAGAACAAGGACCUGCGGCUGCAUCCGGAUUGCAGCUGGAAAAACGUCAAUGUGUACCAUUGGAUCAAGAUUGUCAUGCGAAUCAGCCGAUUGGAUCCUGAAGACCCCUCGGGCACCAAACGACGACACUUUGAGAUUAGCAUCGACUCUCCAUUCACGGUGCUCAACUGCCGUGCCACGCAGGCCAACACGAACCUGCCGGCAUACGCUGGUCCGACCAGCCACCCAUCACCGUUCCAGUCGGCGUGUGGCUGCCCGGACGCUGCGUCGAUUGCCACGGACAUCUCGCCCAAUUCGUCGACGGGCACGCUCUCUGCAGGGCCUGAUUCGGCAAACGACGUGCUGCCUGCACCCCCGCAGGCGGCGCACUUGUCUGGCCCAGGCGACUCAAGCCCAACGCGCGCGUCGGCACAUGGGGUCGGCACGCAGGUGGAGCCUCGUCCCAUCCACCUCAUGCGGCAUCCGAGCUUCAAUCCUCCGGCCUUUGAGGACGACGUCGCGCCACCAGCCAUUAUGGUGCAGGCGCCCGCCGAGACGCCGCCGCCGCAGUACGACGUGGUGGUGGGAACGCCCAGCGUGGAUGGGCUGGCGGAUUAUUUCUCGCGACUGGCCGACUACGGGUACCACGACGACGACUCGGGUUCCGACUCGGACGAGUCGCCGGCGAGGAUACUGGAGCGUUCGGGGCGCGUCAACGUGUCGCACCCUCGGACGCCGGGCGGGCGCAUGCCCAGCCGAAGCAUGGAAAUUCGGCGCCCGACGGUUGACCUCAACCUGAGCGAUCUGCCGGGAGCACGGAAUCAGGGAGGAGCCCGCAACGCGGCGGUAUAG